GCAGAAAAGGUUUUAGGAAUAACUCAAAUUAGAGCUCAAAUGCAAUGUGAUGAGCAGUUUUUACAAAUUGAUAAAGAAGCACAACAAUAUAAAAAAAUGAUUUAUAGUCUUUCUACUAUCAGAAAUACUGAUGAUAAUAUUCAAAUAUUUGAUGAAGUUAUUAUUUUACCACUUAAUGUAUCAAAUAAUGAAAUAGAAAAUGAUGAAGAAUAUGAAACUUUAGAUAAUAAAAUAACUAAUGAUUGGUAA